UUGAACUGAAGAAGAAAAUUGUUCGGCAUAGCUGCCUUGCUAAAGACGUAGAUAGGUCAAUGGUGAGCGUAGAUUGUAUAUAGUGCAACGCGAGUGUUGCUUAGAAACUCUCAGACAUGGACAACCGAUGUCUGCACCGGGUUCCGUCAGAAAAUCAGGAGCAUCCUGUCUAUUCUGGCGGCUAUCUGGAGAACUCAUACGUCGACAACAGGCACCCGUCUGCGGCUCCUGAACCGACUCAGUGUUUUCCUUCGCUGGGACUACAGCCGGAUCACGCCGCUCCUCCAUGGACUCCUUCACCAGGAUUUGUCGCUCGCAAUUUCUUUGCGCCGUCUACCAGAGUAGAGGGUUUGGGAGUGUAUCGCUUGGACCUUCCAUAUGCAUUUGACCCCUCCGUCCCUCCGCCUUCCUUCGGCUGCCCUCCACCUAGACACUUGGUGAACAUAGUACCUUCCGCCACGUUAAACGUGUUUAGCAGCCUCCCGCAGCUUGGAGUUGGACCUCCUGCCAACUCCGAUGGUUUCCGGUCAGUGUUAGUUUCCGAUGAGAAUCGGCAGCAGGAAUAUGAAGCUUACCGUGAACGGGUACGGGUCGUGGACCUGAGAAUGAAAACAAAAACCACCCUUCAGAGGAAGCAGGAUACACAGUGGUUCUGGCGGUUCUGUCAGAGCAGGGCUAAACUUUCGAAUACCACACAGAUCCAGCAGCAGCAUCGCCCCCCCCGCUGUGACCAUGUCCUGAGAGAGUCUUUGUACGGAGCAGUUCAGCUAGCUUCAGCGAUUGAAGAAAUGCAUCAUUUUUUGAAAGAUAACGUGGAGAAUGACUGUGUAUGGACAGAGUCACAAUUUACUGUUUUAAAAAUGAAACGUGAGUUCCAGGAAAUAGUGAAACUGUUCAGUGACAGAGACUGUUUAAAGAAAUUUAAAGCUAAACUGAGUCGUGUUGCUCAGAGGAGAGCCCGGAGCCUGAGGGCUAGUAACCUGAUGCAGCAGGAGGAGAGAGACCGGUGGGAAGACAUUUCUGAUAAAGAGGCUGCUAUAGACAUAUGGAGGAUGAAGCAGAUAAAUCAAGUACAGGAAAAGAUGAAGGAGCAGGAACUGAAGCUGAAUGCAGACCUGGUCCUCUGUGAGGUGAGGAAAAAACAGGCAGAUGUCAAGAGGAUGCAGGACAUUCUGAGAUCUCUGGAGAAACUGCGCAGGCUAAGGAAAGAGGCAGCAUCCAGGAAAGGUAUCAUCUCAGAGCAAGAAUGUGAUAAGGCAUUCAGCAGUCGACUGGAGGGGCUGAGGAGUGUGAUGAAAAGACGGACAGUGGUUUACUCGGCAGAGGAAAAAGCUCUGAUGGUGAUGCUGGAAGGAGAGCAGGAGGAGGAGAGGAGGAGAAAGCAGGAGGGACGAGUGAAGGAGGAGAGCGAGACACAGUUAAAGAACAAACAGAGAGUCCAUGCCAUUCUAUUUGGAGAUGAUGAUGUUGAUGCAGUCCUGCAGCCAUUCAGAAAAUACUAUAACCAGGCUCAACGCUCACUGCACGCUUUAAUACAAGUCAGGGUCAGUGGUAGGACUUUCCCAAACCAAAAGCCCUGGGUAAAUGGUAAUGUCCGUGCUAAGCCCAGAGCACGGUCCUCUGCCUAUAACUCUGGUGACUCGGAGGAUUUGAAGAACACCAGAUGUGACCUACGGAGGGCCAUCAGAGAUGGAAAAAGAGACUACAGAGACAAGCUGGAAUCCAACUACCUCAGCUCUGACCCCCGGCGCUUCUGGGGUGGCCUGCGACACAUCACAUGCUAUAAAGGGAGAAAUAGCAGUGAUGAUCUGGCCGAGGACCGAGAAGACAGCACUCUGUCCCUGACCGUGGCUGACGUGAGGCGAGAGCUUCAAAGAGUGAACCCUCGAAAGUCAUCUGGGCCCGAUGGAGUUCUAGGCCGCGUCCUCGGGGGGUGCGCCCACCAGCUAGUGGAGGUAUUCACCUCCAUAUUCAAUAUCUCGCUACAUCUGUCAACAGUCCCCACCUGCUCCAAGCAGGCCACCAUCAUCCCCAUACGUAAGAAACCAUUCAUCACCUGUUUAAAUGACUACCGACCUGUUGCACUGACCUCCACCAUUAUGAAGUGUUUCGAGCAGCUGGUCAAAACCCGUAUCUGCUCUACACUUCCGAACACCCUAGACCCCUUUCAUUUUGCAUACCGCCGAAACAGAUCCACAGAUAAAUGGUAAAUGGCUUUGUAUUUAUAUAGCGCUUUUCUAGUCUUGAUGACCACUCAAAGCGCUUUACAGUACAGUUCUACAUUAACCCAUUCACACACACAUUCAUACAGUGCAUCUAUUUGCAGCACUUAGUUAUUUUAUGGGGGGCCAUUCGGGGUUCAGCAUCUUGCCCAAGGACACUUCGGCAUGCAGGUGGGUCAGACUGGGGAUCAAACUGCCGACCUUCAGGUUGGAGGACGACCACUCUACCACUCAGCCACAGCCGCCCGCAAUGAGGCCAUCGCCCUGACAACGCACACCCUCUCCAACCUGGGGAAGGGUUACACAUACACUACCGUUCAAAAGUUUAGGGUCACUUAGAAAUGUCCUUAUUUUUCAAAGAAAAUAGAUAACAUUAAAUUAAUCAGAAAUACACUCUAUACUUUGUUAAUGUGGUAAAUGACUAUUCUAGGUUGAAACUGUUUUUUAAAGAAAUAUCUACAUACGUGUAUAAAGGCCCAUUUCCAGGAACUAUCACUCCAGUGUUCUAAUGGUACAUUGUAGGAAUGCUUCGAUAUGGAAAUUCUUGGCCGAUACCGAUAUUUAAAAUAACAAUCUGGCCGAUAGCCGAUACCGAUAUUUGUUUAUUUUCUUUUUGUUGUUAAUCAUUCACCCUUUUGUGCCAGAAAAAUAAUUAAAUCAUUAUUUAGAAAGCACUAUUUAAAAAAAUGUCAGCCCUUCAUCACUCUUAUCUUUUAAUGAGCACAGAUUGAAUCAGAUUUAUGAAACAAUCUUUGAUUUAACUAAACUUUAUUUAACAGAGACAUAUUAUGCCCAUUUUACCGCAAGUUGAAAUGGUGCCUUGGGAUCUUAAUGAAAUGUCUGUAACAUAUUUUGGUCAAAAUACCACAAGGGUAAUUUAAAACAGUACCUUUUUACCCUGUCUAAAACGGCCCUGUUAAAGUAUCAUUAUAGAGAACGCUCUUCUCAUUGAUUUACGGUAGCAGUAUUGCCCGUUUAUUAGAUGUGUUACGGCUUCUGUGUGUAUGACGUAUGUUGUCAGUUCCCUUGUUACCUGUGCAUGAGACGGAUGAAUAGAGCCGGUGCACAUGAGAAUAAAGUACUUAAACAGACGCUACGCUCAUACUUUUUUACACCAAGUUACACUGCGUGAGUCAAGAUAACUUAACAAGCCCUCCUCAGUUUUACCUGUUUUUAGU